ACGGUAUCUUUACCGCGCUUGGAACUGUCAGCCGCAUUGCUGUUAGCGCAAUUAUUCGACAAACUCAAAUCGUCCCUUGAUUUGGCGGGCGUUAGGGUAUUCCUAUGGUCAGAUUCCACCAUAACCUUGAGUUGGAUAAUCUCAUCGUCUCGCAGAUGGACAGUAUUUGUGGCAAACCGUGUAGGAGAGAUCCAACGCCUCACCGAUCCGGAAAAUUGGCGUCAUGUAACAUCGCGCAACAAUCCGGCUGACAUACUUUCGCGGGGCUUGCUUCCCAAUGAGCUAAUAGAUUCCUCCUUAUGGUGGCACGGUCCAUCAUUUCUCUCAAAACCCGAGUGUGAAUGGCCAGGCGGUGAAUUCAACAUUAACCAAGAUGAGCUUCCUGAGCAGAAACGAGUUUCCGUCGCGGUUACAUUGACCGAUCGCAACAUUGUUGGCGAUUUGCUAAAUAAAUUCUCCAAUCUCAACAAGGCGUGUCGAAUCCUAGCCUACUGCCUCAGAAUCUUUACUUCCUUGCGUUCAAGGUUUUCAACUCUAGCAAUAUCCGCUGAGGAAAUUUCAAACUCGCUACAUGUCAUGUGCAGGGUUGUGCAAGCCAGAGAGUUUGCAAGUGAGUACGACGCCUUGAGCAAUCGAAGUGAGGCCACCAUGGCUGCAGUCCGACAGCGAUUUUGGCCUCUCUCGUUGCAGUCAAUAACUCGUAAGAUUAUAAGGGAUUGCAUGAUUUGCUUCAAGGCCAAGCCAAUUUUCUCCGAGGCAUUAAUGGGCUCGCUGCCGACCCCGAGAGUUAACUGUUCGCGUCCGUUCUCGCACUGUGGCAUCGACUACGCUGGCCCUGUAAAUGUAAAGGAAGGUAGACGACGUAAUUCACGAAUCCAUAAGGCUUACAUAGCCGUUUUUGUGUGCUUUGCCACCAAGGCCGUGCACUUGGAACUCGUCAGCGAUCUUACCACUAAUGCGUUUAUCGCGGCGCUUAAAAGGCUUAUCUCGCGUCGCGGAAAACCUCAGCGAAUGUACUCGGACAAUGCAACUACCUUUGUAGGAGCGCAAGGAAACAUUAAACAGCUGUAUGAUUUUCUUAGAACCGAUCAAGCCCAGAAAUCCAUAACCGAUUUUUUAUGCGACCAGUAA